AUGGGCCGUGCGAUGCAUGUGGUUGUUGUUGGAGGACGUCGUGUAGGGAAAACAGCUAUACUGCGACAAGUUGCGUGUUUUGAGGAUAUCACGUCGAAGGUCAAGUAUGAGCCGACGAUCGACGACACCUACCAAGUACUUUUGGAAGAGGCCGAUCGACCCCGAGAAGUGUUAAUAUUUCACGAUACGGGAGGUGUUGCAGAUCACGGUCCUACUGAAUUAAAGAGGCCAUAUUUACAAAAAGUUGAAAAACUGGUUAAAAAGAGAGCAGAAAACUACUACGUUCAGGUGGCAGAUGCAUUUGUCAUAGUCUAUUCGGUAGCGGACCAUGAAUCGUUCAAUAAAAUGGAUUUGUUGAAAAAAUUCAUAGAGAAGCAAUUCGGAAAAGAUCGAAAAGAGGUACCGAUUGUUGCUCUGGGGAACAUGAAAGAUUUGUCGAAUCGUAAAGUUGACAGUGAUUUUGCGUACAGUUGGGCUGCACGAGAGCGAGAGGAAUCGAAGUUUUCAUUGUCAAAAAAACUGAAGGCGGAAAAAUCGAAUCCGUCCAUACUAAUGGACUUUUAA